UUCUCCUACUAUGGAAUGCGAGCUGUGUUGGUGUUGUACUUUAAGUACUUCUUGCAGUGGGAUGAAGACUUGGCCACAUCCAUCUACCACACUUUUGUGGCUCUCUGCUACUUGACCCCUAUCCUUGGGGCCAUUGUGGCUGACUCCUGGCUGGGAAAGUUCAAGACUAUUAUCUACUUGUCCAUUGUCUAUACGAUUGGACAGGUUGCGAUGGCUGUCAGUGCAGUUCAUGACAUUACCGACUCAAACAGAGAUGGGACACCAGACAACAUGACCUUUCAUGUUGCGUUGUCCAUGGUGGGUCUCUUCCUCAUUGCUCUGGGCACUGGUGGCAUUAAACCCUGUGUGGCUGCUUUUGGUGGAGACCAAUUUAGUGAGCACCAGGAUAAGCAAAGGAGAACUUUCUUCUCUGUAUUCUACCUCUGUAUCAAUGGUGGGAGUCUCCUGUCAACCAUUAUCACUCCAAUCCUGAGAGGUCAGGAGUGCGGCAUCUACAGUCAGCAGAAAUGUUAUUCCCUGGCAUUCGGUGUCCCCGCAGCAUUAAUGGUGGUUGCACUUGUGGUGUUUAUUGUCGGGAGUGGUAUGUACUACAAAGCUGAACCGGAGGGAAACAUAAUGCUGGAUGUGUGUAAAUGUAUUGGGUUUGCCAUUAAAAACCGCUACAGGCACAGAAGCAAUCAGUACCCCAGGAGACAGCACUGGAUGGACUGGGCAGAGGAAAAAUAUGAUAAACUCCUGAUUGCUCAAAUCAAAAUGGUGCUGAAAGUCCUCUUUUUAUACAUCCCACUGCCAAUGUUCUGGACUCUAUUUGACCAAAAGGGAUCCAGAUGGACGCUGCAAGCUACCACAAUGAAUGGAUAUUUUGGGACACUUGUUAUACAGCCCGAUCAAAUGCAGACUUUCAACCCCAUCUUGAUCCUGACUCUGGUACCUAUUAUGGACAGCGUAAUCUACCCCCUGAUUAAGAAAUGUGGCUUUAACUUUACACCACUAAAAAGAAUGACAGUGGGGAUGUUUCUGGCUGCUAUGGCUUUUGUCUGUGCUGCUUUGGUCCAGGUUGAAAUUGAUAAAACAUUGCCAGUGUUUCCAUCUGCCUCCCAGAGUCAGUUGAAAUUACUUAACAUGGGCAGCAGUGCAGUCACAGUCAAUCUGCCAGGCAACGAGCCGCUGACUCUUAAUGCAGCUCAGGCCAGUGACAAAUACUUCACAUUUGAAACAGAGACAAUCAUUGUUUCAGUUGGCAGCCCUGUGAUGACACAAACCAUCUUCUUGAAGAGGAAAUCCAGACAAACUCUUCUUAUUCCCUCAGUUAUUAGUGAUGAAUGGCUUCUGACUCAGGACUUGACUUCCAAGCCAGAACAAGGUAACAAUGAAAUCCGAUUUGUAAAUGGAAUGAACAUGCCUGUGAACGUGACCACUUCUGCAGUGGACUUGGGACUAAUUGAGCCAUUUUAUUACUCCACUUAUUCCACAAUAAAGAAUGGAGAGACCAAAUUCUCCUUGUUGAGUGGUUCACAGUCAUGCGAAUACAUUAAGGACUUUGGAUUUGGAGGUUCAUACACUUUCUUCAUACCCAGGACUUUUGUCUUUGGACCAAAUUGUCAGGACUCUAUUACUGUGGUAGAGGACAUAGAACCCAACUCAGUUCACAUGGCCCUGCAGAUCCCACAGUACUUCUUCAUAACUGCUGGUGAAGUGAUGUUUUCAGUUACUGGUCUGGAGUUCUCUUACUCACAGGCACCUAGUAACAUGAAAGCGGUGCUGCAAGCCGGCUGGUUGUUUACAGUUGCUAUUGGUAACUUCAUAGUCCUGAUUGUGGCUGAGAUUGCAAAACUUCCCAACAAAUGGGCAGAGUAUGUCCUUUUUGCAUCUCUCUUAGUUUUAGUGUGCAUCAUCUUUUCCACUAUGGCGUAUUUCUACACUUAUAUUGACCCUUCAGAAAUUGAGGACCAGUUUAGUAAAAAGGUUGAUGACGAUGAAGAUGAUAAAGACAAGCGUGAGAAGACAGAGAUCAAGAUGGUCAGGAGAGACUCAGCUGAAAGCGACGAUGACAGUUACAAACAAUCCAAUAUGUGA